GGUGACCGGGCCUUAUUAUGUAAAAAUGGCGGACGCCGACGAGAAGAAAGAACCUCCGUGCGCUACUAAAAGACUAAAGACUGAGCCACGAAAAUACAGCAGGUUACCUGUUAAGAUAUGCGAAAACCAUGACGAGGUCCUGUUCCAUAUAUAUCGUGCGAUUGCGGGGAGAUAUUUGCCAUAUAGCGGUACAACACUUAUUCACUUUGAUUCUCAUCCUGACAUGACGAUUCCUCCCAGACUCUCCGCGUCUCUUGUAUUUAACCCCUCGGAGCUAAUGGAGGCUCUAAGUAUCGCCGACUGGAUAUUACCUGCUGUUUAUGCUGGUCAUAUUGAUCGUGUCGUGUGGAUAAAGCCGUCCUGGUGUGAUCAGAUGACACGAGAAAGGAUGACAUUCUGUGUUGGAAAACACAGAGAAUCGGGAUUUCUUAGGGUCACUUCUACUGAGGAUUAUUUUCUAGAGGAACUUCUUUAUGCUCCUAUGGAAGAACUAGAAAAUGUCAAACAAGUAGAGUUAGUCAUUCUUACAGCAGAAUUAAAACAAAUACUUGAGGCGAUAAAAAUUCCUGCUAAAGAACAAACUGAUACUUACAAAGAAGUAUUGAAGUCUGCGACAGCUGGCUUGUCAAAUGACUUGAAGCCUGCAACAACAUGUCAACACAGCAGUGCUUUAACUGAACAAGUAAAAAAUGAUUCUCAAAACUAUUUCACUAGAUUACAAGAGACAGCUGAGGGUGUAACCGAAAAAGUCUGUGUAAAUGAAUUGGUUUUGAAGUUAUCAGAAGUUUUAAGUCAGGAAAAGCCGUAUAUCUUGGACAUUGAUAUGGAUUUCUUCUCCACAUCAAAUCCUUUCAAAGACUUAUUCACAGAGGAGGAAUUUCAGACUCUUCAAGAUAUCUAUGUAUUCACUCCACCAAAGACCAGUUCUAAAGCAGACCUUGAAAUUUGUAUAAAGUCAAGGCAAGAUCAGUUAAGCUGUAUAGAGUCGUCUUUUUGCCAUGCUGGGGUAGAUAUUGAGGAAGGUGCUCUGGAAGCAAAAUGCUUAUCAAGGAACAAGCAGCUGUCUGAACUGAUUAAGCAAGUACAAAAACGCGACAGCAAUGCAGAUUUAAAACUAUUACACUCUGCUGGGAUGGCGAUUGACUUGCCACAACACAUCAGCUCCAAGCCUGAGAUUGACCAACUCAUGCAGACGGUUAAAACUGUUAUCAUGGGGAUACCACGCCCUACGAUGGUCACAACGGCAAGGUCAUCCUAUGAUGAGUACACUCCCGUUUAUCAGGUUGAAUAUAUCCAGUCGAGGUUACUGGACGUCUUGCGUAGUGUCUAUGGGGAGGACAUAGACGUGGAGUUGGACUAUGAGAAAGAUGAUUCAGACAGUGCGUAGCCAUUCAGUGUGGCCAUAGAACGUGUUGUUAAUAAAUAGAAAUAAUAGAAAUUAUACAUUCAUUUGCGUAUGUUAUAAGUAUGUAAUAAAAAAUUUACCCAA